AUUCAGUCUCGAGUGACAGAUUCAGGUGAAAAUCAUGGAAAAUAUAAAUGAAAGGCGUUUGCGGCCUGUUUUCGAUAAUUUAGAGCUGGGCAAUAACAAGAAGGCGAUACAAGAAGCCGAUAAGGUGUUGAAAAAGAACCCGAAUAUACAAUGUGCUCGUGCCCUGAAGGCGUUGGCGCUCUUGCGUGUCGGCAGAGAUGAAGAAGCUGCCAAAUUGGAGAAGGAAUUGAUUGUCGAAAAGCCGUGCGAUGUCUCAACGUUGCAAGUUUUGACCUUUUAUUACCGCGAAACGGAUGAACUUCAUAAAAUCUGCUCGUUAUACAGUAAUGCUGUUAGUGUUUGUCCUGGCAACGAGGAGCUGAUGUCGCAUUUGUUCAUGUCCUACGUGCGGAUCAACGAGUACAAGCAACAACAAACCGCCGCCAUGCAAUUGUACAAAUUUAGGCCAAAGAAUCCGUAUUACUUUUGGGCUGUGAUGAGUAUUGUGUUGCAGGCGCAACGCGGGCCCGACGCGAGCAACAAGGAAAAAUCGAAAGUGCUGUUGGCGCUCGCGCAACGCAUGGUCGACAAACUCAUCCAAUCGGACAAACUCGAAGCGGAACAAGAAGUCGAGCUGUACUUGAGCAUCAUGCGGUAUCAGGAAAAGUUCGAAGAGGCCUUAGAAUUCUACGAUGGACCGUUAUGCAAGAAAUUGUAUCCCGGAGCACCGAUUACCAUCAAAAUUGAGCUGUUACGAGGUCUCAAACGGUUCGAAGACUUGUUUGAGUUGCUCAAGAAAUUCCUGUUGGAGGAGCACGAUCGUUGGGAUUAUUACCAAGAGCUUAUUGCCACUUGCUUUGCCUUGGAUGCGGGAAAUGAUGAACAGAUUUACAUUCAAAAAUGUAGCGAAUUCAUCAAACAUAUAAUCGAAAUCGAUGCAAAAGUAAGAGGACCUCGUUUGGCGCAACUCGAGCUUCAUCGUCAAAUGCGUGAAAAAGGUCUGAAAAAUGCAAAUGAGUUGUUAGGAGACUACACGGAACUAAUGAUUCAAUAUUACAACACUUUUGGAGAUAGAAUUUGUUGUACGAGUGACUUGAAACUCUUUUUGGAGUACAUGGAUGCCGAUAAACGUCCCGGAUUUGCAGCGAAAUUGCUUCAUGAGUGCGGGAUUAGUUCAACAACGUUGCCUGAAAGUAAAAAUCAAAUGCAAAAACACAUUUGCGCUCUUCAAGUGUCCCGAAUUUGUGGAUCUCAUGCAACGAUGAGCACAGAUCACUUAAAUGCCCUCUUCACAGCUCUCAGUUUGCAUUACGAGCAUGGCGUGGGUGCGUUCGGAGCAAAUUUGCUUUCAACCGACAUUGGUUCUUCAGAUCCUUAUGCCCUUUUGGCAGCUAACGUCAUGUACGACAUCAGUGUUCGAUCUCAAUCAUCGGAGCGUCUCGUGGAAGCCCUUUGUCUACUCAACUACCUUUUAAGCAAUAGUCCGAGCAACUUUCACGCCAAACUCCUGUGUUUGCAAAUUUAUCACAUUUUGGGAUGCGGAACGGGUGCUCAAAGCAUCUUGCAGUCCUUGGAUGUGAAGCACAUUCAACUCGAUUCGAUGGGAUAUUUGCAUACGGCGCAACUGCCCAUCGAGGGAAUCCCAUCGAUUGCACACCAAGUGUACGAAAACACUGUGAAAUUCUUCCAGUCGAGUCAAAAGGACACUUUGGAGUAUCUCGCCAUGUCCUACAAGUUCGGAUCCUUUUCAAAACUCGAGGAAUUCAUGAAGUUUCGUGAUCGUUUAUCGAAUAGUUUUCACUCUGCACUGAAUUUGGUCGAACUGCAACUGCUCGAGAUAAUUUCGUGUGCGGGAAAUGCCAAACAAAAUAUCACGGCACUCAAAAAUUUGUCCAUCAAGCAUGACGUCGACAAGAUUGCGUGGGAUAAAUUGAGUGACAAUCGCGAUUUGGAUGUCAUGAUUCGAUGGGAUCCCGCAUUUCCGUACAUCGAUGAGACGGGAAAAGUCGUUGAACCUGACGGCAUGAAGAACAAAGUCAAACAAACGGAAUCCGAGAGUUUUGUGCAAGACAUGGAGUUACUUCAAAUCCGAUCGGCAACGGUAAGGGCGAUUGCGGCGAUGGUAGAGCUCAUUACGGGCGUGGCACCGAAUGAUGCGGCAGCGCACGAUUUGCCGCCCGAAAAGGUGCAAUACAACAGUCGAAUCUUGGGCAUCCUCAAAACGCAUUGGGAAGAGAUUUUCGUGCGUUUGAGCAAAUUAAAUUAUCAACCGACGUCGCAGAAAUAUCUAGUCAAUUUGUUGCCGUCUCGCUUGCAUCUGUUGCUCAAGUUGCCCUACAAGGAGUUCAUGAGCACUUUGUGUGAUUUUGUGCUUCAGCUGUGGAAUGGCGCGAAAAGUGCGGAACAAACAGGCGCCUCGCUUAAGACUUUACUCAAGAAAAUCGGAGAAAUUUUGUGUAAAAAUAUUAGCGAUCAUAAUGCUGAGCAAGAUCUCUUCUGGAAUCGACGUACUGUGCAGGCGAAUGUCGUUGGAUGUGUCGAAAUAUUAUCGAUUGCAACCUUCAUCAUCUCAAUCUACUACGAGAAAUUCUUGGGCGGUAGUCAACAAGUGCAAGCCAAAAAAGGCAAACGAAAAGACGGAAAAGGCCAAAAUGGAGUCGUUGUCGAUGACUUAUCCGAUGCCGAAAAGGCAAACAUUUUAUCGCAAGUACUAAAAGAGCUUAAAACGAUCUUAAAUGACUGUGACAAAGCCUUAGAAACUUGGAAACAACCAUCGAUGACAACAUCGCUCGUAACAACUCUCGCCGCAAUGUCACUCGAUCCGCAAGUCGAUACAAUUGUUAAUAAUACAUUUAAGGAGAAUCACACGACUGUCGUCAAGGAUUUACGACAAAUUUUGAAGGAUAAGAUCAAAAUGGCGAACAAGUAACUUAUUUACACGAGAUAGAAGGAACUAAAUAUUAAUCAAUCCCCAUACAUGUGCCACCAUCCACAUUUUUCCCAUCAAUUUUUUACAAUUUUUGGGCCCGAUGCCGAUCGUAACAUUAAUUUUUUACACAAAAGACGUUAAUUUUAGAAAAUCAGCAUGUUUCGAACACAAAAAAUUACAAUUGCAGGCAGAUUCGUUGUUAUUAUUUAAGAGAUAAAGGUCUAAAACACACAAAAAAAAUCGAAAAUCGGAUGUAAC